AUGUUGCAGAAGGCCUUUGGUGAAUCGACUAUGUCACAGAAAAAUGUUUAUAAGUGGUACAAAGACUUCAAAGAAGGCAGAGAACGUGUUGAUGACUUGGAACGCCACGGACGACCAUCAACGUCAACUGAUGAGCAGCACGUCAGGAAAAUCAAGGAAUUGGUACUCGAAAAUCGUCGAUUAACAAUUAGAGACCUUGUCGAUAUGGUUGGCAUUUCAAUUGGAUCAGCUCAAAAAAUUUUGAAGGAUUAUUUAGGUCUUAGAAAAGUCAAAUCUCGUUUGGUGCCAAAAACACUCAAUUUCUUCGAAAAAGAGCGUCGUGUUAAAGUUUGUGAAGAGAUGAUUUCUGAUUAUCAGAACAUCUACGAACGCAUUAUUUAUUUUUAA